UCAUGAUGCAACCUACAACAAGGAAAUCAAUAUACAAUCAAAACAGUGCAUUAAUAUAGGAUAAACAAUUUAAUAAAUUGUUAUAAUUAGUGAAAAGGUGCAGCAAUAAUAACUGAAAAAGCAAUAAAUCAUGGUGAAAAACAACUUACCAGAUAACAAAUAUCGUAGAUGAUGCUCUAUUAGUGAAAUCCUUUUCAUAAAACAAGCUUUUUUCCUUGUUUGACAAUGAUUGAGACCAUUUUGAACCCCCUUAAUUUACCUUCUAUUUUGGUGCUUAUAUUUACCCUGUUCAUGUGCAACUGGUAUAUCUGGAAACGUGUUAAUAAAAGACAGGAUGUAGUAGAAAAAGGUGUGUAUGAUAUUCCUGGGCCAGUGCCCUUGCCCUUCUUUGGUACACGAUGGUUAUACUCCUGGAUUGGUGGAUACAAAUUCGAGAAAAUUCACGAAAUGUACGAGGUCUUGUUUGCAAAAUAUGGGCCUAUCAUAAAAGAAGAAGCACUUUGGAACUAUCCCAUUGUGAGCAUAAAGGAACGGGAAGAUAUAGAAAAAGUAUUAAGAUCUGUUGGCAAGUACCCUCUAAGACCACCCACUGAAAUCGUCGUCCAUUACAGGAAGAAUCUACCAGAUAGGUAUUCUUCACUAGGCCUGGUAAAUGAACAGGGUGAAACUUGGCAUCACUUGAGGACACAUUUGACCUCAGAACUCACCAGUACACGCACUAUUUCCGAGUUUACCCCCGUCGUUAAAGACAUCUUACAUGAAUGGUGUGAUCUAAUUAAACAAAAUCGAUCAAACACUGGAAAAAUUGAAAAUGUUCAUGUAUUAGCUGAACGAUUUGCACUUGAAGUUACUUGUGCUUUAGUACUGGGGCGCAGGAUGGGAUUUUUGCUGUCCAAUGAGUUAUCUGAUAAGUCCAAGAGACUUUCUAGAGCGGUUAAGGAACAUUUUCUAGCCUCCAGGGACACCUAUUAUGGACUGCCCUUUUGGAAACUGGUCCCCACUGAAUCAUAUUCAAAGUUUGUAAAGGCCCAGAACGAGAUCUACCAAAUUGCCUCUGAACUUAUUCAAACAGCGGAUGAUUCCACGCAGGAUAGUGCUGUCUUCCAGUCUGUUUUGCAUGCUCCAGUCGACGAAAAGGACAAGACGACUGUUAUCGUCGAUUUUAUUGCAGCAGGUAUCCACACUUUAGCAAAUUCAUUGAUCUUUCUUCUUCAUUUGAUUGGUUCAAAUGAAGACGUUCAAAAGACGCUAAAGGAGCACCUUAAGAAUGGCUCAAAUUCGUACGCGAAAGCGUGCGUUUACGAGUCUUUCAGGGUAAUACCGACAGCCCCCUGUAUCGCACGUAUUUUAGACAAGGACCUGCAACUAUCAGGGUACAAUUUGAAAGCUGGAACGGUUGUACUGAGUCAUACUGGCAUUGCCUGUCGUGACGAGAGAUAUUUUCCAAAUGCGAAAAAAUUCGACCCGGGGAGAUGGCUGAAUGAAGUAAAAGGUGCGAAUGUGCACAGUCUCAAUGCGUUUUUGAUUUCUCCGUUUGGGGUUGGGAAAAGGAUAUGUCCGGGGAAGAGGUUCUCUGAAAUGGUUGUUACCGUUGCUUUGGAAAUUAUAAUGGAACACUUUAAGUUGGAAUGCAAGGAACCGCUGGAGCUUGUCUUCGAAUUUCUCUUAGCCCCUAAAUCGUCUACCUCAAUCUAUUUUCAUGAUGAUACUUGAUUUAAUUACUAACAGAGAACGUACCCAUUAAAAAAUGUUUAUGUUCAGUUGAUUGUUUGUUGUUAAUAUUGUGAUUCUGUUAUUGUCGAAUAAGCAAUAAUGUUUAACUCAGGAAGCAAUAAUUUUUGUGUGUUAAUUAAUUUACUUACAACGUUUAUGUGUUCUGUACUUUUACUAUUUUAUAUACUUAUGUAGGUAGUUCAUAAAAAAGAAGGUGAAACUAGUUACAUUCCAUUUUACCAUUAUUACUAUUAAUAUAAUUAUUGUUGUUAAGAAGAAUAUGCAAAAUCGAUGAGACUGCAUUUUAUAUUAAAUAAUAGUAUAUUUUUAUCGAUAUUUUUUAUCAACUUACUAUACUUUUUGCGAAGGUCAAAUAA